AAUCCCUGCUUCUUUGUUCUUGCUAACCAUGAGUGACACCAAAAGAUCUAGCUCUGGGUGUUUUUCAUCUGUUUUGCGACGGAUUCUUUGUUCGGGGAAUCCUCAGACACACCCAUCGGAUUGCAUUGUAGGGUUAAACACCAUAGAUGAAGUGGCCGAGGUUCAAGUUCCGGGUUCUGACAGUGGUCCUGGAAUAGUGGCGAGGCUAAUGGGGCUAGACUCAUUGCCGGAAAACAACAACUGGCUUCACAAAGGUAAAUUUCCUCAAGGCCCUGUUACCCGGAGCAGGUCUGUGAAUUUCAUGGAUUACAUGCUGGAGUUUGAUCUAACACAGGCCAAACACCGUCGUGUCAAAACAUCGUCUUCGUUUCGCGAGGUGCCGCAAUGUCCGCCGCAAGUAUUCCAGCAUAAUCGGAAACAAGAAUUCUUGAUUGUGUACUUGGACAAUGAGGUUAAAAUCAAUGAAGAUGUAGGGAUUAAGCCAAGGAAAUCAGAGAAAGGAGAUGGAUCGGGUACUAAGCAAGCUAAGCAACAAAAGGACAAUGUAAGAGAGAAAGCAGGAUGUAAGAAGCAGAUUCAAGAGAAAAACAAGAAGAUAUUUAAGCUUAAAAAUGAGCCAAGGGGAGUUUCUGGUAAACAUUCAAAGGAAAUACCUGUGGUGACAAGCAAGAAGAAGAAGAAGAGCCAACGUCCAAUUUUGGGUAAUAAAUUUCAUUUGCUUUUUUACAAGUUUCGAAGUUACUUCUGUUCAUUUAAUUACCAUCUAACCUGAGUAAAUGUCCAAAAUUUUCUCACAGAAGAUUUAAGGUCGUUGGAACCCAAGUCGAAGAAGAAAUGCUCAUCGAAGUCAGUGAAACACGACUCCCCCACUAAGGAUAUCAAUGCUCGCAUUCCAAUUACUGAGUCGACGGAUAUGGAGGAAACUGAGUUUUACAUGGAGUUGAUUGAUAAGCUUAGCAAGCUGACAGAGGAAGAUAUUAAAUUCGCAAACUGGGAAACCAAGAAAGUUUUCACUUUUGAAGAGAUUUGUGCAGAGUUUGGGGACCAAAUACUUGAUAUCAUGCUGCACCAGGUAGCUGAUGAGCUUUGUGGGACUUCGCAUGACAUGUAAAUUUGUGCGAAGAA